CUUUACGGACAUGGGACUCCGCCAUCGGUUCCCCUCCACCCCGCCAUUUAAGAGCUCCAUACAAGAACAGCACAACUUGCAUUCAACAACCAAUUUUUAAACCAUAAUACCCAAAUAAACUCGUACUUUACAAUCACAUCUUUCAAAAUGUCUGGACAGGAGAUCAUCUACACCGAUAAGGCCGCCUUCCCUGCGGGCCCUUACUCCCAAGCCAUCAAGACCGGCACCACCAUCUACUGCUCCGGUCAAAUCCCAUGCACCCCCUCCGGCGAGAUCUUCACCCAGCCCGCCUACACCAUCGCCCAGAUGACCGAGCAGUGCAUCACCAACCUGUCUAACGUCCUCGAGGCCGCUGGAUCCUCCCUCGAGAAGGUCGUCAAGGUCAACGUGUUCAUCACCACCAUGGACAACUUCGCUGAGAUGAACCGCACCUACGAGAAGUUCUUCGCCCACAAGCCGGCCAGGAGCUGUGUUGCGGUUAAGGAGCUGCCAAAGGAUGUCCCGGUUGAGAUUGAGUGCAUUGCGUUGGUUUAAGGAGGAGGAUAGGUUUUGAGGAAAAACGAAGGGGAAAGGGCGUGGGGUUGGUGAAUGGAAAAUGAGGGAUACUGUAGAUGUAUAGAAAUAUGUCUCUGGCAUGGAGAUUAAAAAUAAAAGUAUCCAGUCUUGCUAUGGCG